AAGUUAAAAACGGUGAAAGUGAUAGCUUCAAUAAAAGCAAGCAACUUCAAAAUUGCACCACUUUCGAGGACGACCAAAAGAUGGAUGUGUUUUUCUUCAGAUCCAAAUAUACAUAACUUCACUAAAGAGUUUUGAGGUAACUGCAAAAGCUCCAAAGAAAAUGCUGAAGAAUCGUUUGGCUCUUCUAGUGCUCUUAUUUACUUAUUACUUCUACUUGGGAGAUUUCAAUGUAUCGGCUCAACAGUUUAGACCUGGAUUUGUGUACACCAGAAACAGAGGAAGAUGCACUCCUCAGUAUUGGAGCAGCAGAAGAGAGUCAUGGCCAAAAAUGGUACCACAGACAUCGACAGUAUCUAAAAUAUUUGGAUCCAGGGCCUACGAGCGAUACAGGUAUGAUCUAACACUGCUAGAAGCUGCUGGAAGAAACGACGAUGGGGAUAAUGUAUUUGCCAGAUUAGUGAAGCAAUCAACAGCUGCAUUGUUGAAUUCAUAUGCCAGACACAAUUAUCCCUACAGUGCUUGGGAAGUAAAGACCAUGCUCAUUCAAGCUUUGGUUUCUGAAAAAUCUGCUUCUCUUUUGGCUCAACAGUUAUCUCAAGCUAAUGAAGCCUGCAACUAAUUACCUUCUUGUUGAUUGUUACUUAGCUUUUCCAGUUUGGUAUUAAGCUGUAAGGCACAUUUUUGAACAUUAGUUCUACUUAUGUUCGGGUGCUAUUAUAACAUUAUCAUGCUUGACGA